GUGUCGGAAAGUGUGCUUUGGUUUAACGUUUUCAUUUUUCGUACAGAGUGGUUGAGUAAACGCUGGCUUGUAAAGUAAUGUGAGUUACUCUCUCUUUUUUUUUUGCGAUUAAUCGAUGAAACAGCGAUCUUCCCGGACCAUUAGGGAAGCGUAAAUAGCAUUCAGUCGCUUGACAUUGUUGAACUCUUAAAAUCAGAAGAUUCGAUGUGUUGAAGCUUUCGAGUAACCUGCUGCUGCAUCACCACAAACACUUAAGUGAUCUGUUUUCAAACGCCUGUUUUAUUAAAGAUCUUGAAUCUGACUGGGGAGUGCGUCUGCUUCUUACACCCAGAAAUGAGAGUCACGGAUUCUGACUUUCCUGGCUUGGUGCAGUUAUAAAGUAAUAAAGCCACUUUGCCCUGUUCCCUGUCAAAAGCUGUAGACCGCGGUGUUUUUUGUAGGCUUGAGCCACGCAUUCGCAAAGUAACUUUCCCAAGAUUAAAGAUGGGGUCUCUACUCUUUUCCUACACAAGGACUAAUGCUAGAAGUAUUUGCACACUCCUCAGUCAUUCGAGACCUUUGGUGUUUCUGCACCCGAGUGUGCGAUCACCUGUGGACACAGGUGCUCCUCGUGUGCGCUGCUCAUCCACACGAGAGAGGAAUAAGUUCCCUGGGAGCUACAGGAACUCGGGCACCAAAUGGAAAGACUUUCCCAGCAGGGAAAAGCCACCCAGCUCAGUGUUUGAAGCGGGGACAGCAAAGAGAACAGCUGAGCUCCUUAAGCGAAAAGAGGGAAAACACCUUGCUGAGGGGCCAGAGGAGCCCAGGAGGCCGAAAGAAAAUGACAUUCCUAGCCGCCCGCUCACGGCAGCGGAGUGGAAGAAUCGGAAGGAGAGUGCCGGGGCCCCUCAGCGCUUCGAGGUGAAGAUGAUGGAGAAGAUGCUGGCAGCAGGCAGCGCCAUUGAUGUGGCGCAGUCUCUUCUGGGGUACGUAGCCACGGAAACGGGGACUGUGAGCUAUGAACUUCUUCUGAGGUACCUGACUCUAUGUGUCCAUGGAAACCACCAAGCAGAGGUCUUCGACUUGUAUGACAUCAUGAGGCACAGGUUCAAGACCUUGGAUACUGGGGCCUACAGCCUGUUCAUUAAAGGCUUCAGCAGGACUGAGCGCUGGCGGGAGUGUCUCCUGCUGCUGGAAAGCACGAAGAAAGUCGUCACCCCCAGCCCACGCAACUACGGCGAUGCGAUCUGGGGGGCUGUCCAGCAUGGCGAGAGCACAACUGCCUGGGAAUUAUAUGAAGAAAUGGUUGGAACGGGGCUUAGUCCCAACCAGGAAACAUGGCAGACAUUGUUCGAUAGUGGCUUCUCAGGCCAAGGGAAUGAAAGCAAACUUCAGUCCAUCCUGCUUCACAUGAGAGACAACCAGAUCUAUCCUGGAGAGGCACUGGCAAAGAGCAUCAGGGCCUGGUUUGAAAGUCUCCCAGGUAACAGGUGGGAAGGAAGUUGGGCCACUGUUGAGACCAGCAGCGUGUGCCGGAGCUGCAGGGCCCGGCUGGAGUCCAUCCAGCUGAGCGAGGAGGAGUACAGGCAGCUGAAGGACCGCGUGAUGAGCGAUGUCAUCCAGGGCCGGGACGUCUUCACCAAGACCACGCCACAGGAGCUGGAGAGCUUCAUGAGCUUCGUGAAGAAGAGGCCUCCAUUCGAUGUGGUGAUCGACGGGCUCAACGUUGCUAACACCUCCAGCAAAGGGAAUCAGGCCAAAACGCUGCUGGCAGUGGUGUCCGAACUGGCCUCGCAGGGCCUCCGGGUGCUCGUCCUGGGGCGCAAGCACAUGCUGAAGAACUCCCGCAGCUGGGACAGGAGCCACAUGGUCCUCAUUCAGCAGAAGGCAGACUGCUUCUUCACCGAAAACAUCUCGGAAGACGACCCGUUUCUGCUGUAUGCGGCUUUGCACUCAGGAAACCACUGCAGGUUUGUCAGCAGGGACCUGAUGAGGGAUCACAAGGCCUGUCUCCCUGACAGCAGCGCCAGACGCCUGUUCUUCAAGUGGCAGCGUGGGCACCAGCUGGUGCUCAACAACUUCCUCCCCGGGCAGAGGAUCCGCUUUCAGGAAAUACCGAGCUACGACACCAUCGUCCAGACUCAUGAAUCCUCCUGGCACAUCCCCUAUGAUGUGGAAGGGCUGGAAAGGUGCUCCUAUGAAGUCCCGAAACAGUGGCUUUGUCUCAGAAGAAAAUACUGAGGAAACACACUUUGGAAUGGAGAGGCCUUAUUAUUUCCAAAGUGUUUGUGAUAUAUCGCAUUGGUUACACAUGAGGUCUUCAGUACAGAAAGAGAGACACUGUGCAAAGACGAAGGUCUGUAGGAUACUGAAAAGAAGUUCUUCUGUUAGAUAAAAAAUAACUUUGGUCUCACUGACUAAAUCAUAACAUUGUAUAAUAUCCUUCCAGAUCCUGUUUUUUUUUUUAUUUAUAUUUAAAUUCCUGGGUUCCUCCUGGAAAGUGUGGGAAAAUGUAUUUUGAUGUGUUCCAUCUAUUGAAUGCAUUAAAAUUAUCCCUGUACUGCAAACACCUCUUGAUCUAGACGUUUUUACAAAUGUUUGCAUAUCCACUGUAAAUAAAGACAAACUGUAAUGCUGUG